CUCUUUCUGACUGCCUCGUGUUGGUUCUCGUCAACCCUCGCUCUGUUUAUUCGCUCGUGUCUCUGCUUUCACUUUGCUGUCGCUGCUAUCGUGUUUUCGCUCCCAUGGCCUCAAUAGCCACUCCCCCUCCUCCGUCACCUUCCCCUCCACCCUCAUCAUCGUCGCCCGGUCCCCCAUCGCCUCCGACCCCGUCGUCGUCGCCGUCCUCAGAUGAUUCAGAACUCAUCGAGGAUCUCUCUUUCGAUUAUAUCUUCGACGACAAUGGACAUUACGUGCGCAUGUCGAAGGGCCCGUCGAAGAGCAAUCGCGAGUCCAACAGCAGUGGCAGUCCCGCAACGCCAGAAGAGAGGACCUUCGGAAUGACCGCAGUGCAGCUCGACAACGACUCGGCCGCUGUCAAGCCCCCCUCUCCCCUCCCUUCACUUGCCAUCGCCUCCGCUCACGCCCGACGCUCGAGUCUCUCUAGAAGCGAGAGCUACUCCGCGCCAUCCAGUGGAGCGUCUUUGUCUCUGCCCGCCACCGGUCAGGCGUCCUCAUCACAUUCCCAAGCUCGGUCGUUUCAGCGCGUUGCCUCUGUUCCCGUUACCCUCUCCACCACUCCGGGACACAGCGCAUCCGCCACGCGGGCCAUGCGGCCGCUCGCCCGUCGCGUGCAGGCAAUAGAGGACAAAGACCAAAUUCACCAGGAGGAGAAAGAGAACGU